CGAGAAACAAUAGACAAUAGAAUAGUAAAACGAAAGAAAAAGGCGAUUCAUAAACAGCUUGUUUGGGGCAAAAUAGUGUAGUGAGAGAGAUGCAGGGUAUGAUGACGAUGAAGAAGGUGAAGAAUGGGUUAUUGGUGUAUUCAUUAGUUGCAUUAUUAUCAUUUUCUGUGAUUGGUGCACAGGAAUUGAGCUCCAAAGAGUGUGAAAAUCUAGGGUUUACGGGUCUUGCUCUCUGCUCUGACUGCAAUUCUUUUGCUGAUUUUGUCAAAGAUCAAGAACUUGUAUCUGAUUGUAAGAAGUGCUGUACGGAAGAUUCUGAUGAUUCUAUGAGCAAGAUUAUCUACUCAGGUGCAGUUCUAGAGGUCUGCAUGAGGAAGCUGGUUUUUUAUCCUGAAAUUGUUGGUUUCAUUGAAGAAGAGAAGGAAAAGUUCCCAACAGUGAAAGUCAAUUAUGCAUACAAUUCUCCACCAAAGUUGAUUAUGUUGGAUGAUGAUGGACAACAUAAAGAGACCAUAAGGGUGGACAACUGGAAACGAGAACACAUCUUGCAAUUCCUGAGGGAGAAGGUCAAGCCCACAUCUGUUUCAUAGGACAUGUACCGAUGUUAUUUUUGUGAAAUUAGUGAGACCUGGACCUUUUAUACACGCUCUUGUUGUGAAUUUUAUUAUUUGAGACUGCAAAACAUAAGUUACAACUUUCUGGACACGUUUAUUAUCUUGCUACGAAUUUAAUGAUAUAAAUACAUACAUAGUA